UACCCCCAACCCUCUCAUCGCAAGCAUAAACAUAUCCUAUUACUUUUCUUUUUCAUCAUCAAUGGCUGACCGUGACCGUGACCCUGACCGCAACCAGCCUCAAGAGAUUCAGCUACUUCACCCUCCACCCCACUACCGUCAAACAGGACCAUCAACCACCCAGAUUGUAGCUGUCCUCACUCUCCUCCCUGUCGGUGGCUCAUUGCUUGCUUUGGCAGCGCUUACACUCACCGGCACCCUCAUCGGGCUUAGCAUCGCCAUACCCCUCUUCAUUAUCUUCAGCCCAGUUAUUGUCCCUGCCACCAUCGCCAUUUCCAUGGCGGUGGCUGGUUUCUUGUCGUCGGGAGCAUUCGGGUUGACGGGGCUGUCUUCGCUCAACUAUGGGUUGAAGCGCAUGAUAAGGGCUAACGCCGGCACCGGAGUUGGAAAAGGGCAGGCAAAGAGGGGGAUGUGGGACAUGGUAGGGUACGUGGGACAGAAGACUAAGGAUGUGGGACAGAACAUGGAGAACAAGGCUCAUGAGGGUGGUGGUGCUGUUAGGACAUAAAUGGACAUUUCAAUUACUGUCGUAUAUUUGUAUUAAGCUUAUAUAUUUGCUCGUCUUCGUGUUUGUUACUCUAAACUUAUUUUAUGUUUAUUAUUAUAUAUGCGGUGUGUUAUAUGAAA